AUGCACAUGCUCCUUGAGCAUUUUACUCCGGAGCAUGCUGUUUUGAUCAGGGGAUUACCUUUGGGUAGUUCUCGGAUGACUGACUCUCUAGGUUGGCACUUUACAAAGUCCAGAAAGUAUUCGGUCAAAUCAGGGUAUGAUGCGGAACGUUCGGCAAAACAGAGGUGUCAAGUGUCUCGUUUUGGGCUGGACAUUUAUCCGCUCCUAGCGGGUGUUUGGCGAGUGGCGUUUCCACCAAAAAUAAAGCAUUUUAUGUGGCAAGUCUUAUCUGGGUGUAUAUCAGUUUCGGCAAACCUGAAUAGGCGGGGCAUUGGCUGUGAUUCAGGUUGUGCUCGAUGUAGGGCUGACGAGGAAACGGUAAAUCACGCUAUUUUCCGGUGUCUGCCAGCUCGACAGGCAUGGGCUUUAGCUCAGGUGCCGGUCGGACCGGUUUCAUUUCCUACAGAUUCUCUGUAUGCUAAUGUGGAUCAUUUCUUGGGUUCAGCUAAUCCGGGUGCUCAGGUUGCGGCUUUCCCAUGGAUUAUGUGGUAUAUAUGGAAGGCGAGGAAUGCUCGUGUUUUUGAGAAUAUUAUGGAUAACCCUGAGAAUGUUGUACGAUUAGCGAUAGGGGAGGCUUCUACAUGGUUACAGGCUCAGGCAGAGGAGGAUGGUGCAGAUAUAUCACCGAAUCCUAGUGCACCUAGCACUCGAGGAACAGGGCGCGUAGGGUCCCUGCCUAAUGACUUCUCUGGUUAUAGGUGUUUUGUCGAUGGAUCGUGGAAAGCGGGAGAGACAUUUGCGGGUGCGGGUUGGGUGUGUUCAGCCGCUACAGAGGUUUCACCGAUGAAGGGAGCCGCCAACUUCCGUCAGAGUCUUUCCCCAUUGCAUGCAGAAGUCGAAGCCUUUGUUUAUGCUAUGAGGUGCAUGAUUGGUCAUGAUCAUCGAGAAGUGGCUUUUUAUACUGACUGCUCAGACUUGGUGAAGAUGGUGUCUUCCCCUCAGGACUGGCCGGCUUUCAAGACCUAUCUCGAUGACAUCAAGAUGGACAAGAAGGAGUUUUCUUCUUUCUCUUUAUCUCUUAUUUCCAGAAAUGCUAAUGUAAUUGCGGACUAUUUGGCACGCCAAGCGCUUGCGCCGGCGUCGUGGAGCAGUUUCCACUCCACGAUUGCGUGGCGGUUAUCUCCACGAAGUGCUUUCCACUUCAUGAUGUUCAUGAGACGGUUAUCAAUAGAGGCUAUGUAA